AUGAUUUCAAACGAUGUUAGUACUUCUUCGUCUUCUAUUCAGUUAUUCGCAAAUUUCGAUUCUGGCAAUAUGCUUCGAUAUGAACGUGUGAUGUCAUCAAUGGUUUCCUCUCAAGCACCAACGAAUUCAAUUGAACCAGACUCGAAUAAUAAUAAUAUUAAUAAUAAUAAUAAUGCGGGAGCAGAUAAUGGAUUAAAUUCUAUGAGUCAUCCAUUACCUAAACAUGAUGUUGAAUUUAAUGUUUGGACAAAACGUGAUUGCGAAGGAACAGCUAAAGUCAAUGGAAAUCGUUCAUGGUUUUAUUUCGGUGUUAGAGGUGGUCACGGUAAAUGCAUUCGUUUUAAUAUAAUGAAUUUAAACCGACAAGGUAAACUAUUUGAAAUGGGCAUGUUACCAGUUUUUCGAACUGUGCCUGGACAUGAAAAGUGGGCAAGAGUAUAUGUACGACCUUGUUGGGAAAUAGUCAACGAAGAUUUUAAAUUAUCAUUUAUUCAUCGCAUGCCAGAUUUGAAAAGUUCUAUAACAUAUUUUGCAUUUUGUUUUCCACAUUCGUAUGAAGAUAUGCAAUUAUUACUCAAUACAUAUGAUAAUUUAUAUCAUUCUCGAUUAGCUGAUUAUUACUUAGAACAUCCAUCGAUGCCAGUGAAUGGUGCAGAUAUUUACUAUCAUCGUGAAACAUUAUGCUAUUCAUGUGAUUCAAAUAGACUUGAUUUAAUAACGAUAACUUCUUAUAAAGGUAUAACAAAAGAACGUGAACAUCAUUUUGAUAAAAAAUUAUUUCCUGAUGUAUCAACCAUAACACAACGUCCACAUCAAUUUCGUAAUAAACGUAUUUUUUUCCUUUCCAGUCGAGUACAUCCCGGUGAAACACCAGCCGCAUUUGUGUUUCUUGGAUUUUUGGAUUUCAUUCUUAAAGCUGACGAUCCACGUGCUAGACUAUUACGUGAUUUAUAUAUUUUUAAACUUAUACCAAUUCUUAAUCCCGAUGGUGUACAACGUGGGCAUUAUCGUACAGAUCAAUUUGGAGUUAAUUUAAAUCGUAUGUAUCUUGAUCCUGAUUUUGAAAAGCAUCCAUCAAUUUAUGCAGCUAAAAGUUUAAUUGCCUAUCAUCAUGUCAAUAAUUGUAUAUCGCCAAGACUACCAAUAAGUGUUUAUGAUGUAUUUAAAGAUAUUCCACCACCGAUACCAUGCAUACCGAUCAUACAAAAUAAUGAACAAGUAAUAAAUGAUAAUCAAUAUCAAGGAAAAUCGACACCAAGACGAGCACAUUUUCAACAGGAAAUUCUUUAUGAAACAACGAUGACAAAUUCAACACAACUAAAUAAUAAUGCAUUUGAGAAUUUAUGUUUACAAGAACAAAUGAAUAAUGAUGAAAAUGGGCCAUUUUUUAUCGAACGCAGUGAAAAUGGUUUAAUUCCAACGGUUACAGCAGAAAUUGAUGAUUCAGAAAGUCAGCGUGGCUCGCCGUAUACUUUUCAUUUUAUCAAUGAAAAUCUAGAACUUCAUCGAGAUUUAUUCAUGGUUGAUGAUAAUGAUGAUGACGAUGAUGGAAAUCUCCGAAAUCAAAUGAAAGGUAACGAAGGUUCUGACGACGAUGAUGAUACCGUUCCAGCAGGCCAAAAUAAUGAAAAUGGAGCCAAUGAAGUUAAAUCGCCACAUCUAGCAAAUCCUGAUCUUCUUAAAAUAUCUCCUUACGAAAGUGGCAUUGCCUAUUAUAUAGAUUUACAUGGUCAUGCAUCCAAGAAAGGCUGUUUUAUUUAUGGUAAUCAUCUGCCAGAUGAUGAGCAACAUACUGAUAAUGUUCUGUUUCCAAAAUUGAUUUCACUUAAUUCUCCGCAUUUCGAUUUUGAAAAUUGUAAUUUUACAAUAAAAAAUAUGUAUAUGAAAGAUAAACGUGAAGGCUUAUCGAAAGAAGGCAGCGGUCGUGUUGCUCUUAAUAAACAUUUUGGUAUACUUCAUUCUUAUACACUUGAAUGUUCAUAUGCUGUUGGUAAAUCAUGUAAUUCGAUAGCACCCGCUGAAAAUGAAUCUCAUGGAGGUCGAAUAUCACCUGGAACACCAUUUUCAUUGCCACCGAAAUUCUCAAUUGAAAAUUAUCGUGAUGUUGGUAAGGCAUGUGCCUUAGCAGCUAUUGAUAUUUUACCGGGACGAAAUCCAUUUACACGUGUUAGUCAAUCAACAUUUAAAACUCUGCAUACAUUACGUGAUUUUCUUAAACAUCAAAUAAGACAACAACGCAAUCGUGUAGCAAAUUCUCGCAACAUUUCAUCAACAAUCCCACCACCACCAACAGCAACAAAUCGCGUUAAACAACAACAAUAUAUGGCAAGAGUGACGCAAACCUAUCGAACAAACAGCAAUCCAAAUAAUUUAUCGUCCGUUACACAGCAACAACAGCAACAACAGCAGCAACAACAAAUGACAUCUGCAUUUCCUACCAUAGCUAGUGCUCCACCAAGUACGGUGGCAUCUCGAAUGAUGUCAAACAGUCAACUACAACGUACAUCAAUAGCGAAUGCUAAUCAGCAACCAUCCUCACGUUUCAAAACAACUUAUGAUAGUCGCCGUUAUUCAAACGUUCAAACACCGUAUAAACGACCUGUACAACCUACAAUGAAUUCAAAUUCAAAAGUAGCACAAACAUUAUCUCGAAUUGAAGUAGCUCAAUCGCCAUCAGCUCGUCUUGUACUUCAACAGCAACUAUCAUCUCCUAGUCGUUUACAACAUAUACAACGUCAAUCAUCUUCAUCACCACAGUUCAUUACACAAGUUGGUUCAAUGCUUGACCCUUUAAUUGUUGGACGAAAUCGUCCAACACCAUUACCACCUCCAGCAGCUCGACAUGGCAUUCAUCGAAAUGCUGUCAGUCUUAAUGCUCUACCAAUAAAUCAACAAAAUGUAACAAUGGCGCGAGGACGUUCGCAAAAUUCUGCACAUAAAGGUUCGAUGUCAACUCGACCAGCUAAAGUACGACAACAUUCAUUGGCGCCAUUUGAUCUUCAUCAACAAGCUACAUCAUAUCAAUCCGCAGCAGUCAUAUAUCAGCAUCCGAUAAAUACUGAUCAGCCCCCAGUAUUUUUUGAGUGA